GUAUUUUUGGAGCUGAGUUUUGAAUCAUCAUAGAAUCCAUUGUAGAAGAACAAGUGAGGGUGGAAACUAGGGCAAAUCUGAGAAAAUGGAGAAGUUGAGCUUAGAACAGCUGAAAGGACUUAAAGAACAAUCUGAUCUUGAAGUUAAUCUUCUUCAAGACAGUUUGAAUAACAUUAGAACUGCUACUACUCGUCUUGAAAUCGCUUCUACUGCCCUUCAUGAUCUCUCUCUUCGUCCUCAAGGUAAGAAAAUGUUAGUGCCUCUUACUGCAUCUCUAUAUGUCCCUGGAACACUUGAUGAUGCUAAUAAAGUCCUUGUUGAUGUUGGCACUGGAUACUUCAUUGAGAAAACAAUGGCCGAAGGCAUAGAUUAUUGUGAGCGAAAAAUCAACUUACUGAAAUCAAACUAUGAGCAGCUUAUUGAGGUUGCAUCCAAGAAAAAAGCCAUCGCAGAUGAAGCUACCGCAUACUUGCAAGCGAAAAUGAGGCAAGCAGCUCCUACACCAUAGGGGAUGGCAGUCAUUCCGUUUACACAGUAGUAUUUUGUCAGAAGUAUUCCCAGAAAUGGGAGCCUUCAGCAGUGUUCGGGCUUGAAAUUUUUCUGGAGUCAUUUUCUAGCGGUCUUUAAUGUUUGAUGAAAAUGUAAUGCGAGUUCUGAUAAGAAAAAUGUCUAAUUUGGACUGCAGCUGUCUGAGCUGGGUUCUUGUGGUUUUUCUUCUCUCCAGAUAUCUGUAAUCUAAAAAUUCAGAUUGAAACAUGAAACAUUUUGUUUAGUCUUUCAUUGACCUGAUCACAUUUUAUACAGAACUGGCAAA